AUGUCUGUCAGAACUCUGCGAAUCGGCCUCAUCCCCGGUGACGGCAUCGGCAAGGAGGUCAUCCCCGCCGGCCGCCGCGUCCUCGAGGCGCUCCCCUCCUACCUCGGCCUCAAGUUCGAGUUCACCGACCUCAAGGCUGGCUUCGAGACGUUCGAGCAGACUGGUGCCGCUCUCCCCGACAAGACGGUCGAGGUCCUGAAGAAGGAGUGCGAUGGCGCCCUCUUCGGCGCCGUCUCCUCCCCGACCAACGCCGUCAAGGGCUACUCCUCCCCCAUCGUCGCCCUCCGCAAGAAGCUCGACCUCUACGCCAACGUCCGCCCCGUCAAGACCGUCCUGACCGCCGCCAAGCCCAUCGACAUGGUCAUCGUCCGCGAGAACACCGAGGACCUCUACGUCAAGGAGGAGAAGACGUACGACGGCCCCGACGGCAAGGUCGCCGAGGCCGUCAAGCGCAUCAGCGAGCGCGCCUCCCACCGCAUCGCCGCCAUGGCCGGCGAAAUCGCCCUCCGCCGCCAAAAGAUCCGCGACGCCGGCGCCGCCAGCAUCCACAAGUCGCCCCUCGUCACCAUCACCCACAAGUCCAACGUCCUCUCCCAGACCGACGGCCUCUUCCGCGCCACCUCCAAGCUCGCCCUCUCCGACCCCCGCUUCGCCUCCGUCGCCGUCGAGGAGCAGAUCGUCGACUCCAUGGUCUACAAGCUCUUCCGCCAGCCCGAGGACUACGACGUCAUCGUCGCCCCCAACCUCUACGGCGACAUCCUCUCCGACGGCGCCGCCGCCCUCGUCGGCUCCCUCGGCCUCGUCCCCAGCGCCAACGUCGGCGAGGGCUUCGCCAUCGGCGAGCCCUGCCACGGCAGCGCCCCGGACAUCCAGGGCAGGAACAUCGCCAACCCCAUCGCCACCCUGCGCAGCGCCGCCCUUAUGCUCGAGUUCCUCAACGAGGAGGCCGCCGCCGCCAAGAUUUACGCCGCCGUCGACGCCAACCUCGAGGAGGGCAAGCUCCUCAGCCCCGAUCUGGGCGGUACUGCCAAGACUGACGAGGUUGUCGAGGACAUUCUCCGCAGAUUGUAA